CACUUAACUCGCACGACCUACUCGCCCACCAACCAACCACCCUGCUGCGACCUGACUGACCAGGCCGAGUUGAUCGAUAAUAAAUCAGCACGCUGCACGCUGCACGCGCGGGGUGCCCGCUUGAGAAGCAGAGGAGGAAGAAAGAUCGGGAGGAGCAACUGAUUCGUUCGCGGAAAAAGCACCGCGAAAAAGAUCAGAUCCGCCUCUCCGCGCGGCAUGUCUGAGGUGGCGGCCAUGGCGGGGCAGGCGUACAUGAGGCAGCUCGCCAAGCACCCUCUCCGCACCAAGGCCAUCACCUCCGGGGUGCUGGCCGGCUGCAGCGACGCCGUCGCCCAGAAGAUCUCCGGCGUCAAGAAGCUCCAGCUCAGGAGGCUCCUCCUCAUAAUGUUCUAUGGAUUUGCAUACGCAGGACCAUUCGGUCAUUUUUUCCACAAGCUUAUGGACAAGAUUUUCAAGGGACAGAAGAAAGGAAAAGAGACUACAGCCAAGAAGGUCAUAGUGGAGCAGCUAACUGUAUCACCAUGGAACAAUAUGAUGUUCAUGAUGUACUAUGGUCUGAUAGUUGAAGGGAGGCCAUUUGGGCAAGUAAAGAGCAAGGUCAAGAAGGACUUUGCAAACAUCCAAUUGACAGCUUGGAAGUUCUGGCCAAUAGUUAGCUGGAUCAACUACGAGUACAUGCCACUCCAGCUCCGAGUUCUUUUCGGCAGCUCCGUUGCAUCAUGCUGGGCAGUGUUUCUGAACCUGAAAGCAGCAAGAUCCAUUGCCGCCGCUAGCAAGAAUGCAUAAAAGAAGCAUGGAAGGAAGGAGUGAGUGCCACAUUGUAUAUCUAGCUUAAUUAUCCACUAGUGAUUUUUUUCAUCACUCAGUUUGUAUUUAUGUUUGUCUUUGAACCCCUCGAGCAUCAAGAACCUAGAGUGAAUGUUUCAACCAAGUAUGUCAAUGCGAGGAGCCCCUUUCUUGCCACUGAAAAAAAAUCACUACAAAGCAAAAAAUAUUCUCCAGAAGGUACCAUGUUUGUUGUUCCUUUGGGAGGAAAAUAGGGAUUUUUACUAGGAAAUAAUAAAUGAACAUGCUCAGUGGUUUGUAGAGUCUCAAUGAAAAUGUUUUGAAAUAUGUAAA